AUGGCCAACGACCACGACGCGCCUGAAGUGCUGCCGUCGACGUACUCAGACAAGUAUAUCGGGAGCCCACCUGUAGCCCAGAUGGAUCAGCACAGACCCUACGACUCGUCGACGACGCCGGCGGCUUCAACGCUCUACUCUGAGAGCCAGCAGCCCAAGGCUUGGGGGACGGGCGAGGGCUACGGCCACGACCAACACCAGUACGUGGCGACGGCCGUCACACCGGCACAGGCGCCUUCUCACUACGCCUAUGCUGAGCAUGUGCCCGAGAAGAAAUCGAAUAGGAUAUGUGGGCUUGCGCGCUCGACCUUGAUAUUGCUUGUGAUCCUGGGAGUUGUUGUUAUCGCCGCAGCCGUCGGUGGUGGCGUGGGUGGAACGUUAGCUGUACAAAAAGCCUACGCACAAGGGUCUAGCGCAACUACAAGUUCGACGACACCGGCGCCCACUUCUUCGGCUGUUGCUACAGCGAGCGGGGAGGCCGCCCAGACUCAGAGCCCGAGCAGCACCACCAACUCAGCGUCUGGCACUGCCACGUCGUCAUCCUUCAUCUCGGUACCGACCUAUGGUCAACUCGCUCUGGACUGCCCGAAUAUAGACAGUCAGCAGCGAGAGAUCAAGCUCGGCCAACAGACAUGGAGCUUCACGCUGCAUUGCGGUCAAGACUACAAUGGGGCGGUGGAUAUCCUGGCAAUGACCGUCUACAACCUUGAUGAUUGUUUAAGAGGGUGUGCCAGCUACAACCGGAACUCUGCGAGUUCCAACUGUGUAGGCGUGGAGUUUUCUGGCAACAUGGCCUCGGAGGUAUCUGCAAACUACGGCAAUUGUUGGCUCAAGAACUCGACAGGGAAGCUGGGUUCCAAGGGCAAUCGCUAUGUAGGAGCAUUGUUGAAUACGUAA